GUUUGACUCACUCUCUGACCCUGAAGUGCAAUUCCCGAACGACUAUUUCUGUUACCAGACCCAUUCAAAAUGCCGAACCAACUCCGCGAUAUACGAACUGUCGAUGAGACGUCAUAUCCUUACAUUUUCGAACAGAAUGUUUCUGUUUACCUCCAGAACGGCGGGGUGAUUCGUUGCAAUGUUUAUCGUCCAAAAAGCUCAACAGGCACCGAGAAGAAAUAUCCGGUGUUAGUAACUUAUGGGCCUUAUGGAAAGGAUAUCCCUUAUGAAAGUUUCAACCCACAUAGCUUCAAAGAGAUAAAUCCUGCUCAUAAAACCCAGCAUUCAUCAUGGGAAACUCCCACGCCGAAAUAUUGGACAGAACACGGAUAUGUCGUCGUUCGAGCCGAUGAGGUCGGCUCGGGGCAAUCCCCCGGGUUUCUGAAUCCUACAUCCGCAGCGACGAUCGAUGCAUUUUGCGAUCUCAUCGAAUGGGCUUCCGAGCAGCCCUGGUCGACUGGUAAGGUUGGAUUAUUGGGGAUUAGCUAUUUUGCUGCUACUCAAUGGCAGGCGGCGGCACGAAACCCGAAAGGAUUGACUGCAGCUGUCCCGUGGGAAGGAUACUCUGAUCGAUAUCGGGAUUCGGGUCGACAUGGAGGGAUUCAAUCGAGUGGGUUUAUUCGACUUUGGUGGGCUCGUCAGGUUGCAUCCAAUCAAUAUGGUCUGCCCGGACGGGCUGAGAGGAAUUGGGGCCCAGAUACUAUCGAGGGCGAUCUAUCCGAGGAAGAGCUCAAAGCGAAUCGAGUAGCUUCCCCUGAUGAGGCCCCGCCUCAGCGGUAUCGUGACAACGAAAGCUUUGCGUCUGCGAAUUACAACCUUGAAGAUAUUAAAAUUCCAUUUCUCAGUGUCGCCAAUUGGGGCGGUAUAUUACUUCACUUGAGAGGUAACGUGGAAGGAUUCAUGCGUGCUAGCUCUGAGUUGAAAUAUCUUCGUUUCAUCGUUGGACGUCACGACUUGCCGUUUUUCUAUGAGGAAGAGGUUGAGCUGCAGCGAAGUUUCCUCGACGCCUUCUUGAAGGAUGAUGAUCGACUUGGCUGGUCCAAAAAGGGGGCCAUCGCUCCAGUUGAUCUCAUUUUACGAAAGGGAGACGUCGGGUACAACGAUCCAGUUGCUGAAAGAACUUUCCUUAGGAGAUCCGAGAAUGAAUGGCCAAUUGCCCGAACUCAAUAUACGAAAAUGUUUCUCAAUCCAGACGGAAAGCUGCUCUUCGAACAGCCAUUCUUGACUGCGCCGACAGAGAGUAGCUACAAUGCCCCUGGAAGUGGAAAGCCUUCCGAUAUCAUCACCUUCGUCACGCCCGCUUUCGAAAGGGAAACUGAGCUCACGGGCCAUACUGUGGCUCACUUGAAUGUCUCGGUGAAUCGGAAGCGCCAUAGCCAAACAACCCCGUCUGAUAUAGACCUGUUUGUUACCCUUCGCCACAUUUCAUCCAAAGGAAACGAGAUCCUCUAUACCGGCACAAUGGGAGAAGGUGUUCCGAUAACCAAGGGAUUUCUCAGAGUCAGUUUGAGAAAGGUUAAUCCAGACCACCCUAGACAUGCUUCCUGGCUUCCACAUCGGGAUUAUUUAUCGACGGAUGUUCUCCCGGUCAUCCCGAACGAUAUUUACGCAGUGGAUGUAGAACUCGGGCCAACAAAUGUGGUUGUGGAAGCUGGUGGUCAGUUACUCUUCGAGAUAAGUUCGGGUGACACCAGUGGCUCCGGGGUGUUUACCCAUGAUAAUCCCGUCGACAGAGCGGAAAAGGUAUUUCGGGGCGAUAACAAUAUCCACUUUGGUCCGAAAUAUCUCAACUAUAUUAGUCUCCCGAUCAUCCCAGCCAAGGAAUGAGUGCGAUCCCACAUAACUGCCUCGCAGACAAAGAAUAAUGACAUUUGAAGUCAUGAUAGUAUCAUGAGUUGCUCAAAUUUGGUAUUGUGUACUUAACUCAAGCAAACUGCUUUCUCCUUGUGGCCCUUUUUCAAUAAAUGGAAUCCAAACACAUUUCAUCCGAA